GUCCAAGACUCUAGUUUGACUUUGUUCUACUACUUGUAUUUGCUUAAUGUUGAAUUCCAAUAUUGCGUGGUCACUUGCCCCCAAGGUUCCUGUAGCUUCAACACCUUCUAUCAUUUCAUCUCUGUUAGUGAGAAUUAAGUCCAAUAUGGCUGACCCCCUUGUCGCCUUCUCUAUUUUUUGGGAAACAAAGUUGUCUGCUAGGUUUGUUAGGAACCUGUUGGAUUUUCCACUUGGUGCAGAGUUUGUUUCCCAGUUGAUGUCAGGGUAGUUAAAAUCCCCCAUUACUACUGUGAUGUGCUUCCUACAUACCUUGGUUAGCUGACUAGCAAAAAGUUCAUCUACUUCCUCUGUUUGGUUGGGUGGCCUAUAGUAUAGACCUAUGGCAAUAUCGUUUUUCACCCCUUUUAUAUUGACCCACACAUAAUACCCACACAUCUAAUUUUGUAACAGGGCUAUUGUAAGAGUUCAGUACAUGUAAUACAUUAAAGACAUAGAUCUACUGUGGAUAGGUUUUCUCACUAAUUUUCCCCUAAGGUAAGUAUGCUUAGAUAUGAAGCCUUUUCCCAUCUAAUUCCCAAUUUCAUAAUUUUCAUACCAAGAUUUGCCCUUGAAAAAAAUGUAAAUUUUCUGCUAAUUUUAUCUUUUCAUAUUUUUCUCACUGAGUGGAAUAAUCAUCCUAUUCAACUUUAUGCCUCUAAAAAACUACACAGAUUUUUCAUAAGUCAUACAAAUGAUAAUCCAUAUAGAUAUACUUUCUGUGACUCAAAAUAACUUCCCUCUUAAAGUUUUAUGAAUCCUGUGGGACACACGAUUGGUGUGCAAAAAUAUUAUGUAACUGUUCUGCACAAAUAUUUUCCUGAACACUCAUCUAACAGUGCUUUAUCUUUUUUAAAACAACGGUUUUCUAUCAACUUCGUUUUUUUCUUGAAUACCUUUGAACAUAUUGCUGUGUGGACCAAUAAGUGUGAAUCUAAAGAUAAUGACAAAAUGGGGGUGAGUUCUGAGAGUGGAUCAUGGAAGAAGGAAAUGAACCUGCUAUGCUCAAUUAAUAUUUGAGAUCUUAUAUCAGCCUGGACAAAUGGUUGUUCAGUUCUUUCUUGAAAACCUUCAGUGAUGAUGCAUCCACAACUCUGGGAGUCAAGCUGUUCUGCUGAUUAAUUGUUCUGUCAGAACUUUCUCCCUAGUUCCAGAUUAGAGGUCUGGAGAAACUUCCUGAUAGUAAGAACAAUUAAUCAAUAGAACAGCUUGCCUCCUGGAGUUGUGGCUGCACCAUUGCUGGAUGUUUUCAAAAAAGGAUUUGUCAACUAUUUGUUCAAGUUACUUGCCUUCAGUGUUCUUGUAUUUAAUCUCUGCAUAGAAGUCUUGAUGCACGUUCUUCCAAUCUUUCUGGUUUUGCUGUAAGGGCACCUCUUCACCAUGCUUCUGGAUUUUCUGAUUUGGUUUGUUGCUUGUCAUGUAUGGAUGUACACAGUUUCAAGAAAGCUGUUUGUAGUGUUUGAGUUUUCUAGGUUUUUUUUUUUUUGUAAAUUGUGAUUUUUAUGGAGAUGAACCUCAGUUUAUAGCAAUCCUGAUUUAAUCAAAGGAUUCAUGUUCAAUAGAAAAUAUGCGUUUCACUCUCAAAUUUCCAAAGUCUGUCCAGAUAUUACAUCUUUAAAUGUAAAUUGAUGCAAGGGAUACAAAUUAUAUUAUCUAAAUAAUUGUGCAAAUGACAUACAUUGAUAUUACUGUAAUGGCAUGCAUUUAGAUUUAGGUUUACAGACAUCCCCUCCCCACAAAUCAUCCAUUAAUUCAAGUUUCACUAUAGAUAAAUUAUGGCAUGGUAAAUAGAAAUUGUAUACUAUUCCAGCUGGGAAAGAUUUCUGGUGUGUGAAGGGCAGGUUCAGAUGCUACUCUCCUUAUUUUCCAAAAUGGUCUGUACCACCAUGCAAACAAGAAAUUAAGCAAUGUUAUUUUUUGCAAAUUGCAUCUGAAGAAAAAAAAAACAUGGUAGAAUAUUGGAAGUGGGAAGGGAAUACUGCAUUGCAUACAGCGGAUAAUCAGGAAGGCUGCUAGAGUUCUAAGAGAAAUAACGUCUUCCUAAUAUAUAUUCACAUUCUUACCGUCCUAAUUACCCAGUUUUUAAACCCAUGCACCUACUCUCCGCAUGCGCCCGAGGUAAACUUUGCUGCAUUGUAAUAGGCUUAAUCUCUCGUGUCAAUCCUCUACAUAAGAUCAAAGCUGCAACUGCCGAACCACAAGAAAAGUAAUUACAGUAAAACCAAAUUUCAAGCCAGCCUGUUUAUAUUCAGACAUUUCUUUUCCCUCAGUCUAGCGCUACUGACAGACGAUACGACGGGGGUGGAGGGUGGGUGAGAAUACAGCGACUCGAGCCAAACUCAUUCGCGGGUUGAUGAAAAGCGGCACCUAAACCUACCAACCGAGCUAAGCGCCUCGAUCGCUACUGCGCAAGCGCUCUCAGAAAAAAAAAUGAAAGCCCAACUGUUGAUGGUUACCGAGGAAACAGCGUUGCUUAGUUACCCGUAGUAGCGGAUCCGUCUCUUGCCAAGCCCUUCGCUGCUCGACCGUCCAUCAUGAGCCUUCAGCCGGUGCAAGGCUUGCCGCUUGUUCCGGGCUCGUCCUUUCGGGACCCGACGAAAACUGCUUUUCAUCGUUCCCAAACUCUAGAUUUCAAGAAUGGUUUUGCCUUUAAGAAACUUCCAACUGUGGGGAUAGGUGGAAAUCGGCUUUAUGUAAACCAGUUGUCUCAAGCUGAACUUGAUGAAUUAUCCAACAAGAGACCCACCUUAACUUAUGGUGAACCUAAACAAGCCCCACCUUCAGAUUUCAUCCCAGCACAUGUGGCUUUUGACAAAAAGGUGCUCAAAUUUGAUGGAUACUUUCAAGAAGAUGUCCCUAUGUCUACAGAAGAGCAUUUCCGCAUUCGUCAAGUGGGCAUUUAUUACUACUUGGAAGAUGAUAGCAUGUCUGUCAUGGAGCCCAUUGUUGAAAACUCAGGGAUUCCUCAGGGCAAGUUCAUCAAGAGACAGCGUUUGCCCAAAAAUGAUCGUGGGGAUCAUUAUCAUUGGAAAGAUCUGAAUCGAGGAAUUAAUAUUACUAUCUAUGGCAAGACUUUCCGGAUAGUUGACUGUGAUCGAUUCACCCAGACUUUUUUGGAAAGCCAAGGAAUUGAACUGAACCCUCCAGAGCGAAUGAUUUUUGAUCCUUAUAUAGAGCUACGUAAAAUGCCUCCACGUAUGUAUGUCACCCCCUCAGAUUUUGAUCAACUUAAGCAGUUUUUGGCAUUUGACAAAAAGGUUCUUCGUUUUUUUGCCAUUUGGGAUGACACUUGGAACAUGUUUGGUGAAAGCCGGAAAUUUAUUAUCCACUACUACUUGGCAGAUGACACAGUGGAAGUGCGGGAAGUUCAUGAACGAAAUGAUGGCAGAGAUCCUUUCCCAGUCCUGAUAAGACGCCAGCGCCUACCCAAAACUUUUGUGGAGAAGAAAGAAAACUUCCCAACCUGUGUGCUGGAGAUUUCUGAUCAGGAGGUCUUAGAAUGGUUUACAGCUAAAGAUUUUGCAGUUGGCAAACCCACUACUCUACUUGGACGUACUUUUUUCAUCUAUGACUGUGAUGAGUUCACUCGACAAUUCUAUCAGGAAAAAUUUGGCAUCACUGACUUCCAGGCAGUUGAUGUAAAGAAGCCACCUCCAGAGGAAAUCAAACAGAUAAUUCCUCCCUACAAUGGUUAUGGUUUCCUUGAAGACUCUCUUCAAAACUGUUUCAGUUUGAUUCCGCAACCCCCUAGAAAAAAUAUUAUUAAAAUGUUAGAGAAUGACCACAAAAUUUUGCGCUAUGCUGUUCGAAUGGAAUCCUCAAACCCUGAUGAUAGCAAGAGACAUUUUGUUCUCUCCUAUUGCCUCGCUACUGACAUGAUAAGCAUUUAUGAACCACCUGUGCGCAAUUCAGGAAUUAUUGGUGGCAAAUACCUAUGCAAAACCAGAGUCCCAAAGCCAGGAUCUUCUACAGACGAUCCUGUAUAUUAUGAACCUGCUGAUUUAACCAUAGGUGCUAUGAUAGAAGUGUUUGGCCACAGGUUCAUUAUUGUGGAUGCAGAUCAUUAUGUGUUGAAUUAUAUGGAAAGCAAUUUGGAAAGCUUCCCAGCAUCGGUUGUGCAGUCUAUGAGACAUCAUUUUGCACCCCGCAUGGCAGCAAUAGAGGAACUAAAGAGGUUAGCUUCCAAUGAGCCUGACCCGCAGGAACUAGCUGCAUUAUUGGAGCAGAUUCAGGAACACAUGAGGAGGCAUAAUUAUCUGCCCGACAGCAGUAUGCAGGAAGCUUUCCUUCAGCAAGAUAAAGAUGGCUCAGGGCUUCUAAACAAAGCAGAGUUCUUUGCUCUUUGUGACCAUUUUAAAAUACCAACUGAUGACCCAAUUUUCCAAAAGCUUAUUAAAAUGUGUUCUCACGGGGAAAAUCAGAUAAGAUACCCAGACUUCCUUAGAGCUUUCCAGUGUUGAUUAGUUCAAAACUAGCAGUUACCAGCUGUACAAGAUCAAUUUCAAUUAAAAACGCUAAUUAUUGAAAGCUGCUUUGGUAUUCCUUCCUUUUUCUACCAUAAACUCAACUUAUCAGUUUCCAGAUUACUUGAUAAAAACAGUUUAUCACAGAUCUGAUCCUUCUAGUAGAGUGAGGGUGGUUAUCUCAAUGCAUAUAAUUAUGGGUAGAUCUUUAUUGCCUGGGAAGCAAAUGACACUUGUGGGAUUCUGUGUCAAUGUAACUAUCCUUUAGUCUUUUAGUAAUAGACCUACUUUAUCAGUUAUAAAUAAUAUGCCUGUCUCCCACAGUAUAUCCCAGAUGGUUCAGGCAGGCAGGGUUGGCGUGCUCUGGGUUCCAUCUUUCAGGUCCCUGGAAAUGUGCCUUCUCUGUAGCCUGUGCCUGUGCCUGUGCUCUGGAAUGCGGUUCCCCCAAGAUUUGUAUGACUCCCACACUACUGACUCCAAAUGUGUGGCUUUUCACUGAGGCCUUCAGUGAGUGCAACUGACACUCCUUUCCUUUCUUUGUUUCCAUCCAGAAUUUGGGUUGUUACUUGUUUUAAAAUGUUUUUACAAUUUGUAAAUCAUCCGGAGUUGCUGGGAGUCGGGUGGCAUGUAUAUUAAUUUUAUUAUAACAAAUGCACAGAAACGUUAAAUCCCUUAACCAUUCAUCUUAUGCCCCAGUGAAGUUGAAAACAUGUAUUACAAGAACCUCAGGAUUCAGAACUUUCCAGUCCCAAAAGUGGGAGGGGAAAACAUUUAAUGGCAGUCUGUUGUUAAUAUGCUUUCCUUCCAGUUGCCUGAAGCAAGUAAAAUUAUAAGCCUUUAAGAAAGGAUAAAACUUACUUAAGUUUACAUAUAAGAACCAAGCAAGCUUUAUCUUAUAUGUUUCAACAGAGACACUACACUUACUCUGUCCAGAAUUUUCUUCUUUGGGACUUCUUACAAUCUUAGCAU